AUGGGCGGUGUAAUUGUGAGACGUAUGAUUAUAAAACGACAAGCUGCACCUAUUGUACCUCUACUACAUGCAUUUUUAACACUCAAUUCACCACACUGUGGUCUUUUGUAUAACGAACGAGCUGCUAAUUGGGGCAUUUCUUUGGUGCAGUGGUGGAAGCAGUCUGCAUCAAUGUGCCAAUUAACAUUGCGUGAUGCAGCCUCAUUGAGGAAUACAUUGCUCUACAAACUGAGUCGGCAUGGAACGUUCUCGAAAUUUAAGUACGUUCUUUUGCUGGGCACAUACCAUGAUAUUCUCGUGCCUCACCACUCGGCAGUAAUUGAAAUUUCGAAGACGAUUCAAAAAGAUACUCGUAUUGAGGGUCGUAUCUAUGAAGAGAUGGUCCGUAACAUAAAUGAGUCGAUUAUUAAUUCGAAGGAAACGAUGCUAUUCAAAUAUACGGUUGUUCCGUCUAUGGCAGAUGCAUCACGUACUUCUAGAAUCAUCGGAAGAGCUGGUUUGCUUAUUACUUAA